GAACCGUUGGAUCAGGUAAGACACACCACAAGAUUAAGUACACCAGAAGUUUGUGCCCUACUAUUGGGUGACCAGUGUUUGGUCGGAAAUCCAACGGAUAAUAUAUACUGGAAAUUAAAACUCAAUAAACGAAAGAAAAUUAAUUCAAAACCAAAAGCCAAACAAAACAACGGCAACAAAACUAGUAAUAUAUUGCACAUAACGGACAUUCAUUUGGACGAACACUACUCGCCGUUAAUUGAGCCCAAAUGUGGAGCUCCUUAUUGUUGUCGAGCCAACAGCACAACAGUCCCGUCCACUCCCGAUGCCGGUCAGUGGGGGUCCUAUUUCUGCGAUACACCCCUUAAGCUGUUGGACAAUUUGUUUGCAACAAUUGACUGGCAGUCCAUUGAUUUGGUCUACUGGACAGGGGAUGUAACCCCUCACGACACGUGGCAGGACUCCAAAGAGGGUAUACUCAGCGCAUCCAAAAUUAUUACAUCCUAUUUGAAGAAAUAUUCUAAGAGUCCAGUGAUUGUCUCACUCGGCAAUCAUAUGGCAGUUCCGGUCGGAACCUUUUCUCCGCCGGACAUCACUAACAGUUUGUCCACUCGUUAUGUUUUCGAUCAUAUGAUUAAUGAAUGGUCUGAAUUGUUCCCAACGGAUCAGUUGUCUUCAUUUCGCUCUGCCGGUUAUUAUACACUAAGAGUAAGGCCCGGAUUUCGGGUAAUAGUAGUGAACACCAAUUAUUGCGCGCGACUUAACAUUUGGACGUAUUAUCAACCGAUAGAUCCGGCGAAUCAACUCAAAUGGCUGUCAUAUCAGUUAGAUUUGGCCGAAAAGGCCUCAGAGUUUGUCCAUAUUGUGGGACACAUUCCACCCGACAAUCGGGAGUGCACUCAGGGCUGGCUCUAUAACUAUUUAAAUAUCAUUGAGAGAUAUAGCGAUACAAUUGUGGCUCAAUUCUACGGUCACACACAUUAUGAUGAGCUGAGAGUCUAUUACUCUAACUAUGAUUGCAAUAAAGUUAUUGGAUUUGGGAUUAUUAGCCCCAGUGUUACCCCAUAUGACGGCAGUCUUCGUCUCAAUCCCGCCUAUCGUUUAGUGAAGAUUAGAGAUAACGGCAUAAUUGAUAACAUAGAGACCUAUUCCCUGGACUUAAGUCGGGCCAACACUCUGGAGGAAGGGUCGACACCCGAGUGGCCGUUGGAGUACUCAAUCACAUGGUUUUCGGCCGACUCUCUGGCCUUUGCUUUCAUUAAUAUUUGUUCAACACUUAAAUUAUCGACGCCUGAGGUCUGCGACGGAUAUAUCAAUAUAUUUAAGGAUCAGGUCGAGUAUAUCAGAGCCAAUACACGACUGGAACGGACAGAGAUAUGCGGUCUAGUGAUGGGCGACCAGUGCUAUAGUGGGGAGUCUGAGAACCUGCACUGGAAGCUCGAUAUACCCGAUCGGACCGACGACUAUCGCAAAAGACAUUUUUUGAAAAGCAAAAAGAUAUAUAAAAUACUUCACAUAACAGAUAUUCACUUGGAUUUAGAUUACGUGCCCUUCACUGACAACACAUGUCAGACACCCUAUUGUUGCCGCGUUUGCCGGCCAUUUCGCCCACGUCAUUUAUACUCGCGGUUGAUGACCCCGAGUAUGGGCACGCUGUGUGGGAAUAUGUGUGAGUGUGAAGUGGCCGGCAGUGCCCGACACUACGCAUCCCUAUGUAAUUGUAUUAAUGCGGACAUACCUUUUAGCACAGCUCACGAUACGUGGCAGGACUCGCGGCCUAACUCAUUGAAAACCACAAAA